CGAGAGAAAGGAAAAGAGAGGGAGAGGAGGGAGAUAGAGACUGUUAGCAAUGGGCGGGCGAGAAUGAGGCGACUCCUGUUUUUCUGUGUGUUUGCCUGCACAACCCCUGAUCGUUGUGUCUAAGCAAUACAACUUCAUAGGCAACCAAGAAGCCAGCCUGAUUUGUAUUGUCACACAAUGGACGUUCCAGGUGUAGCCCAACAAGCCAAGUGAACGCAGUGAGCAGACCAGCGGUGUUUAGACACAUCGAAGACAGAGACAAGUCGGAGGCUGCCGUGCUUGCUGUAGCAGGAUGAGUCUAUGGGGAAAUGCUGCAGGAGAGAGAAGAGCCGGAGCAGCGCUGAAACCUUUCAAGUGGCAGCAAAGCUUCCUAAGAGUUGCUAAAGUGCUGCUGUCCAUGGUGCUGAUGCUGCUGGCGCCACCUACAGCCGGAGCUCAGAACGACACGGAACCUAUCGUGCUGGAAGGAAAGUGCUUGGUGGUGUGUGAUUCUAACCCGUCUUCAGAUGGAGCCAUCACGUCGUCCUUGGGCAUUUCGGUGCGUUCUGGAAGUGCCAAAGUGGCCUUUUCUGCAAUUAGGAACACCAACCAUGAGCCCUCUGAGAUGAGCAACCGCACCAUGACUAUCUAUUUUGAUCAGGUGUUAGUAAAUAUUGGAAACCAUUUUGAUCUUGCCUCCAGUGCAUUUGUAGCACCCAGGAAAGGAAUCUACAGUUUCAGUUUUCACGUGGUCAAAGUGUACAACAGACAGACGAUCCAGGUAAGUCUAAUGCAAAACAACUACCCAGUGAUUUCUGCCUUUGCUGGAGAUCAGGAUGUUACCAGAGAAGCAGCCAGUAAUGGGGUCCUGCUGCAUAUGGAAAGAGCCGAUAAGGUGCACCUAAGACUGGACAGGGGCAACCUCAUGGGAGGAUGGAAAUAUUCAACCUUCUCUGGCUUUUUAGUUUUUCCAUUAUAAGGAAUGCAAGAGAGAACAGCAAGGAUUUGACUGUCCACGUAGCCAUUAAUGUGGUGGAACAAGAUAUUAUCUCCAACAUCCCUCUCUGAUUGUCUCUGUAGAAGAAUGAAUUAUCUUCUAGGUAAAAUAUACACUAUGAUAUUGACAUUUCCUUGGGAAACUGCGCCUCUAAUUAGUUUUAGACGACAGUGAUCUUUAGGAUAAAUGAAAUUAUCGACCCAAGCAAUUUGUACCUGUGAUUGUAAAGUCAAUAUCGGAAUUUAUUGUUGGGAUCAUUGACUUUUUUUGUUGUUAUUCUGAGACAAAUACUUGGACUACGCAGUCAAUGUGAGGAGUCACAAAGAGAAGAAUCAAAAAAUCCAGAUUACGUGUUCUUGCAAUGCUUUCUUUAGUGUUUGUAUAGCCUUAAGAAACGAAUGGCUUCAGUCUCAGUAAUGUAUAUUUUUGGAUUUAUGGACAUGACUGUGUCAAGAAGUGCUUUAUACAGACAAGCAAAAUUUGCACGAUUGGAAUUAUCUAUUUUGUUUUUGUGUUGUUUGUGUAUUCUUGAUAUUUUUUUUUUCAGGGUGCUGACCAUGUAAAUUAGGUUGACCAAUACGAAAAAAGUAUAUAGCUGUAAAUCAAAGUAAAGCUUACAAAUUAAAAGAAGUCUUUUUUCUCUUA